UUGCAGCUACAGCAAGAACAAGCAGGCAAACAAAACAUUCAUUACAUGAAUCCAACUUCUAAGAUUGAAUUCCCCAGAUUUGAUGGCUCUAACCCUAUGGCGUGGAUUCUAAAGUGCAAUGGGUAUUUCAAAUUUGUUCCUAAUGUCUCUGAAACUCAGAAAGUCACUCUUGCCUCAAUGCAUUUAGAAGGAAAAGCUGCCUUAUGGUUCCAAAAUCUGAGUGCCAAACAACUUGAGUUAAAUUGGGGUCAGUUUGUAGAAAUUGUGUCUGCCAGGUUUGAAGAGCUAAAGGAGGUCAAAAUUAUUGCUGAAUUUAACAAGCUAAGGCAUACGGGUUCUUAUGCUGAUUAUGUUGACAAAUUUGAAGAAUUAAAGGCAUGUAUGCAGCUCAUGAAUCAGAGAGAGUUUUCUGAAGACUAUUAUAUAGCUAGCUUUAUAAGUGGGCCCAGUGAAGAAUUGCAAUCAUUUUUGCACAUGUUCAACCCUAGGACACUUCAACAAACAAUUGAAUUAGGCCAACAACAACUACAUACCUUGGAUGCCAUCACAAAGAGGGUGAAGAACACUCAGAGGUCCUACUCACAAACACCACAAACUUAUGUUCAAAAGGCAACACAAAACAACAACACCACUCAUAGGAACCCACAGACCACUUUUCCAAAAACAAAUACCAAAUUACUUACUUCUUCUGAAAUGGCUGCAAGGAGAGAAAGGGGUUUGUGCUAUAAUUGUGAUGAGAAGUUUGUGCCAGGACACAGGUGUAAACACAGG